GUUGAUGAUAUACAGCAAUAUUUAGAAGGACACAAGGAUCUCUACAAUGACGUCAUGAUGGAUGGAUCCAGUCAUGGGAACCCACCAUAGAGAUGUCCCCGUCCUCUGUAUUCCCGGGAUUCCACACAGGAAGGUCACACCAUCCCUCACCAUCAUCAGAGUUGGAAUCCUCGGGGUAUGAUAAUAUUAUGAAAAGAAGAGUAAAAGAGGAGUAUGAGGAGUAUGGAGUGAUGGAGGAGUUUUCAGAAGGACACAAGGAGAUGAUGGAGCCACCUAAUACCAGGAACCCACCAAGAGAGAUGUCCCCAUCCUCUUAUCCCGGGAUUCCACACAGGAAAAGGACACAAGGAUAUGAUAGGACGCCACCUAAAUACCAGGAACCCACCAGAGAGGAUGUCCCCGUCCUCUGUAUUCCCCUGAUUCCAUACAGGAAAGGUCACACCAUCCCUCACUAUUACAAGCAGUGGAAUCCAAUCGAUAUAGAAUUUGAGGUGAAAUCAGAAGAAGAAGAGGCGUAUGUGAGGGAUGAAUCACAGUCUAUGGAGGAGGAUGGAAUAACGGGACAUUUAUACGAGGAGGACACUCCUACAAUAUCAGCACAGUCCAUGGCCGGGAGAUGAGGAAAACCUCUGAGGAUUGUCUCACUUUGUCUCCAGACUGGAAAGUAGAAGAUGAGGACAUCACACAGUAGUAGUCCAGGAGAAAACCCGGCUCCCCUCCAAUGUCC